AUGGCAGCACUCGUUGCGAAAGAAGCACUCCUUGCGAAGGAAGCACUACGUGCGAAGGCUGCAGUCUGUGCGAAGGCAGCACUCCGUGCGAAGGCAGCACUCGUUGCGAAGGAUGCACUCCGUGCGAAGGCUGCACUCCUUGCGAAGGCUGCACACCUUGCGAAGGCUACACUCCUUGCGAAGGAAGCAAUCUUUGUGAAUGCAGCACUCCUUGCGAAUGAAGCACUCCUUACGAAGGCAGCACUCCUUGCGAAGGCAGCACUCCAUGCGAAGGCAGCACUCCAUGCAAAGGCAGCACUCCAUGCGAAGGCAGCACUCCAUGCAAAGGCAGCACUCCAUGCAAAGGCAGCACUCCAUGCGAAGGUAGCACUCCAUGCGAAGGCAGCACUCCAUGCAAAGGCAGCAAUCCAUGCGAAGGCAGCACUCCAUGCGAAGGCAGCACUAUAUGCGAAGGCAGCACUCCUUGCGAAGGCUGCACUCCUUGCGAAGGCUGCACUCCUUGCGAAGGCUGCACUCCUUGCGAAGCCUGCACUCCUUGCGAAGGAUUCACUCCUUGCGAAGGCCGCACUCCUUGCGAAGGCUGCACUCCUUGCGAAGGCUGCACUCCUUGCGAAGGCUGCACUCCUUGCGAAGGCUGCACUCCUUGCGAAGGCUGCACUCCUUGCGAAGGCUGCACAGCUUGCGAAGGCUACACUCCUUGCGAAGGCUGCACUCCUUGCAAAGGCUGCACUCCUUGCGAAGGCUGCACUCCUUGCGAAGGCUGCACUCCGUGCGAAGGCUGCACUCCGUGCGAAGGCUGCACUCCGUGCGAAGGCUGCACUCCGUGCGAAGGCUGCAGUCCGUGCGAAGGCUGCACUCCGUGCGAAGGCUGCACUCCUUGCGAAAGCUGCACUCCUGGCGACGGCUGCACUCCUUGUGAAGGCUGCACUCCUUGCGAAGACUGCCCUCCUUGCGAAGGCUGCACCCCUUGCGAAGGCUGCACUCCUUGCGAAGGCUGCACUCCUUGCGAUGGCUGCACUCCUUGCGAAAACUGCACUCCUUGCGAAGGCUGCACUCCUUGCGAAGGCUGCACUCCUUGCGAAGGCUGCACUCCUUGCGAAGGCUGCACUCCUUGCGAAGGCUGCACUCCUUGCGAAGGCUGCACUCCUUGCGAAGGGUGUACUCCUUGCAAAGGCUGCACUCCUUGCGAAGGCUGCACUACUUGCGAAGGCUGCACUCCUUGCGAAGGCUCUACUCCUUGCGAAGGCUGCACUCCUUGCGAAGGCUGCAUUCCUUGCGAAGGCUGCACUCCUUGCGAAGGCUGCACUCCUUGCGAAGGCUGCACUCCUUGAGAAGGCUGCACUCCUUGCGAAGGCUGCUCUCCUUGCGAAGGCUGCACUCCUUGCGAAGGCUGCACUCCUUGCAAAGGCUGCACUCCUUGUGAAGGCUGCACUCCUUGCGAAGGCUGCACUCCUUGCGAAGGCUGCACUCCUUGCGAAGGCUGCACUCAUUGCGAAGGCUGCACUCCUUGCGAAGGCUGCACUCCUUGUGAAGGCUGAACACCUUGUGAAGGCUGCACUCCUUGCGAAGGCUGCUGUCCAUGCGAAGGCUGCACCCCAUGCGAAGGCUGCACUCCAUGCGAAGGCUGCACUCCAUGCGAAGGCUGCCCUCCUCGCAAAGGCUUCACCCUGUUCGAAGGCUGCACUCCUUGCAAAGGCUGUAUUCCGUGUGAAUGCUGCACCCCAUUCGAAGGCUACUGUCCUUGCGAAUGCAGCACACCUUGCAAAGGCUGUAUUCCGUGUGAAGGCUGCAUUCCAUGCGAAUGCUGCACUCCUUGCGAAGGCUGCAAUCCUUGCGAAGGCUGCACUCCUUGCGAAGGCUGCACGCCUUGCGAAGGCUGCACUCCUUGCGAAGGCUGCACUCCUUGCGAAGGCUGCACACCUUGCGAAGGCUUCACUCCUUGCGAAGGCUGCACUCCUUGCGAAGGCUGCACUCCUUGAGAGGGCUGCACUCCUUGCGAUGGCUGAGCUCCUUGCGAUGGCUGCAACUCGUGGGAUGGCUGCACUCCUUGCGAAGGCAGCACUCCUUGCGAAGGCAGCACUCUUUGCGAAGGCAGCACUCCUUGCUAAGGCAGCACUCCUUGCGAAGGGAGCACUCCUUGCGAAGGCAGCACUGCCUGCAAAGGCAGCACUCAGUGCAAAGGCAGUUCUACGUGCUAAGGAUGCACUCCAUGCUAAGGCUGCUUUCCUUGCGAAAGCUGCACUCCUUGCGGAGGCACCACCCAUUGCUAAGGCAGCACUCCUUGCGAAAGCAGCGCUCCUAGCAAAGGCUGCACCCUUUGUGAAGGCAGCACUUCUUACGAAGGCAGCAUUCCCUGUGAAGGCAGGACUCUGUGCGAACGCAGCACUACUAGCGAUGGCAGCACUCCUUGCGAAGGCACCUCCCCUUGGGAAGGCAGCACUCCCUGCGAAGACAGCACCCCUAGCGAAGGCAGCACUCCCUGCGACGCCAGCAGUCUGUGCUUAG